AAAGAUGGAUACACUUGUAUUUACACACAUCUUUAUUGUGUUCACUAAUUUACAAUAUUUAAAUUUUCAUCCAUUUUCAAUAUAUUUUCCACGAUUAUCAUUUGACAUUUCUUCUCCAAUUGUUUUCUGUUCAACUCUGUUAGAAUUGUAUGUCAACGUGGAAUGUUUCACUGAUUGUCUUUAUCUACUUGAUGGACGCUUUAAUCAACUUCAGACACUUCAUGUUAAUAUUACUCGACCUGUUUCUUUGGAUUCAACAAUCAAUAAUAAGGUAAAUUAUUUUGAUUAAUAUCUAAUUUCUUUAAAUGAUUUAAUAAUAUUAUUUUUAAUAGGAAAAAUUACCUAAUUUAAGAUAUUUUUCGUUGUAUUGUGAUAGAUUGACAGUUGAUUAUGAUGAAUUAAUUCUACCACUUCUACAACGAAUGUCAAAUCUGGAACAACUUGAUUUACAUAUUGUAGCCAUUCGUGAUGAUAAAUUUAUUGAUGGUAAUGAUUUAAAGAAAAAUAUUAUCAAUAAUAUGCCGCAGUUGAAUAAAUUCGAAUUUAACAUUCACUCAAAUGUAUCUCUUGAUAAUCAAAAUGAUUUACCAUCAAAUGAAGAUAUUCAAAAGACAUUCAAAGAUUUUAAAAAUAGUUUAGUUAUUUCUUGUAUUGAUUUUUUUCCAAGUAUAAGUGAAGGUCAAUGUCAUAUUUAUUCAUAUCCAUAUAAGAUAUCACAUUAUAAUAAUAUAACAAAUAAUUUUCCAGGUGGAUUAUUCAAAUAUGUUUCUGAAGUAUCAUUAUAUGAUGAACGUCCCUUUGAACAUGAAUUUUUUAUUCGAAUUGAAAAAUCAUUUCCAUUUAUGAAAAAAUUAAAAGUAGAUAAUCAAGAACCACAAAGUAAUAAACAAUGUUAUGAAUCAAGAAAUAAUAAUCGGAAUUUGUCAAUCAUUAAAUAUACUCAUCUAACUGAUCUUUAUCUUGAUUACAGUCAUGACGAUUAUGCUGAACAAUUUUUACUUGAUUUCAAAAUGUCUUUGCCAAAUAAUGUUUAUCUUCAUAUCAAUUAUGAAUCUUUACAAAGAGUAACACAGAAUUUCACACGAGAUGCAACACGAAUCAAUUGUGGUAAAUUGGCUCAUUUACAUAUCUAUGGUGAAUUUCCAAUUACUAAAGAAUUAGAAGAUUAUUUUCCUCUUGUAGAAAUACAUUCAUUUUUGUCAAGUUUAACCAAUAACACUAUAAAUCGAAUCUCAUCUUCAUCAAAUAAUACAACAUUUUCUCAAUCAUCAUCAUCAUUUAUUAAUAAUAAUGAUACUCCUAAUAUAGCAACUGAUAAUGAUACAUCAUCAUCAUCAACAACACUUGCUUUAACAACAAUGGGUUUAGCUGCUGCCGCAGCUAAUAAUACAUCCAAUUCGUCUAUUACAGAUUUUUAUGCUCUAAAUCGAACAUUAUCUCCUCCUCCUCCUCCUCCUCCUCCUCCUCCACCAUCACUACCAUCUUCAACAGGAACAUUACCAUUUAAUAUUAUUAAUCAAUCAUCAAAUAAUAAUUUACAAUUUGUUAGCAAUCCAACAGGUCAUUUUGAUAGUGGAGCAUUUAAAAAAAUCAAACAUGAAACUCUUUUAUUAAAUAAUCAUUCAUAUAAUCCUCAUUAUCA